CAGGAAAACCGCACCAAGGCACCGAGAGGCUGACCAGAGGAGGGAAUACGAAAACACAGGCGCACAGGAAUACAUGGUCAUGAAAGGGAGAAGCCUUUUCCGUCUCAAGAAUCCAAAGAAUGGGAAUAUUUCUGCUUUCAUUCUAGCAGAAGGGAAGAAUCUCCUCUGAAAGUCCACGGGAAAGCCUGACAGCUAUUCCGACGGAGCCCAUUUCAAGUGAGCGGAGCAGAAUGGAUGAAAAAAUGUCAAGAGCAGCGAGUCAUUGUGACAACGAGAGAGAAGAGGAGGAAUAGCCGCAGUCAACAUUUCCAAUGCUCCAUCUCCCUGAAUGAAUUGUGAAUAGGAAACAGAAAGGCGGCGCAUCUCCACAGUCUUAGAGGGAUAGUUAUUAUCACUAGUGUUAUUUUUGCGCGAAAUUCCAGUAGUGGGAUGCUCUCGUUCGCUGUUGCUCCAUAGGGUUUUUACUAGACAAAUCCAAGGAGGGAAAUAUGAGUGAAGUUCAGGACGCCAGGGAUGUGAGGAAGACCUUCAUUGCCCCGACAAUAAAACCUUUCGACCACUAUGACUUCUCCCGGGCCAAGAUCUGUUGCAGCCUCACAUGGCUGGUGGCCAAAGCGUACGGGACAGACAGCGUCCCAGCAGACCUGAGGGACCCCUUCUACACGGACCAGUAUGAGCAGGAGCACCUGAAGCCUCCGGUGGCGAGCCUCCUCUUGUCUGCGGACCUCUACUGCAGGGCCGGCAGCCUCAUCCUGAAGAGCGACGCCGCCAAGCCCCUGCUGGGCCACGACGCCGUCAUCCAGGCUCUGGCCCAGCGGGGACUCUACGUCACCGACCAGGAGCGGCUGGUGACCGAGAGGGACCUGCGCAAGAGGCCUCUUCAGAUGAGUGCCCAUCUGGCCAUGAUCGACACGCUGAUGAUGGCGUACACGGUGGAGACUGUGAGCGUGGAGAAGGUCAUGCCCUGCAUUCGCCAGUAUUCCCCCUACGAUCCUGAGGUGGAGACGCCGUACGAUACAGAGGACGUCAUUACCACAUGGGUCAACAAGGUGAAUGAAUAUCUGAAAGACAUCAUCACUCAGGAGCAGAGGAAGAAGGAGACGCAGAGCACCGAGCCUGCUGGGAGUCCCCGGGCCCGCUACAGGAAGGAGCAGGCCUCGACCCAGCCGGCUCCCUGGAUCCCCCCAGUGGACAACCUGCUGAAGGACAGCACCGACGGCUCGGCCCUGGCUGCCCUGCUGCACUUCUAUUGCCCUCAGCUGCUGCCGCUAGACGAUGUCUGUCUGAAGGAGAACAUGUCGCUGGCCGAUAGCCUGUACAACCUGCAGCUCAUCCAGGACUUCUGCAAAGACAACCUGAACAGCUGCUGUCACUUCAGCCUAGAGGACAUGCUGUAUGCCUCGUCCGCCGUCAAGAACAAUUACCUGGUGUUCAUGGCAGAGCUGUUCUGGUGGUUUGAGGUGGUCAAGCCCUCUUUUGUCAAACCAAGAACUCUUGACAUGGAAGGAACAGAGUCAUCAUCCUUGUUGAAGAAUAUGCCAGCAGUCCCCAUCUCCAAGGCCACCAAGAGAAGCUUCAUGGAAAGACCCCCUAGUCCUGAGAGACCAAGUUUGCCACUUCGACCCCAACCUCGGAACUCAGGUGAAAUCAAGAGGUCAACCUCAAUGUCUUUUGUCGAUGGAAACCUAGGAACCUGGCCCAAAGAGAAAAGAUCUGGGCCUUAUGGAGUUUCUUUUGACAUCCCCUUUGACAAACAAGACUCCGGUCCCACCCCUCCUUUCUCCACCCGCGGCAUGAUCAGGUCUGUCAGUACUGAUGAUGGCUCUGGCUUCAAGGUCCAUCAUCUGCCCCGUGGUAUGAAGCGCAACCUGUCCUUCCAGCCAGUCAAUGGACAGAGUGUUGGCAUUGAAGAAGAGGGUUGCCCAGACAGUCUAGCAGGCAUGGAGCCUGACAGGCGCCCUGCAGGCCAGGCCUACCCUAAUGGACAGGGAAGUGUCAUCCCUACAGCUCCCUCCAUGGAGGAGGCCCUCCAAAUCAUCCACAGCCCUAGCAGGCCCCCAGUGGAGGGGAUCAACAAUGGUUUCUUCCUGCACACCCAAGGCAUGGGCCCUAGUGGUGUAGGUGGUCUGGAGCCGGUAUCAGAGUCAGACUCCAAAGGGCCUCUGAGCACCACAGACACUACUGAGGUGGAUACCGGCAUCCAUAUACAAACAGAAGACAUGCUGGAUGAGGACUCUUCGUUGAAAGACUGCUCCAUGAACAUGGACCUGGAUCCCGACACACCAAGCCCUUGCCCUAGUAGUAAUAGCAAAUCGCCCUCAGGAGUGAAGAUGACCAGCUUUGCUGAGCAGAAGAUGAGGAAGCUCAACCCUCCAGCACCAGACUCAGGGAGGGGCAGCAGCAGCUCCCUGAAGACCACCCCAGAGGGCUCGGAAUUGGGCCUACCACUAUCAGUCUCCUGGGCCCCCACCCCCGAACACAGCCCUAUCCAUCAGCAAACUGCACCACCCCUUGCUGCUCAAGCCAUAUCUACACCUGUACAGCUUCCACCCAAUGAUCCUGCCCAGGCCAUGGCUACAGAGAUGGUACAACUGAGGAUGCGAUUAGAGGAGAAACGAAAAGCUAUUGAAGCUCAGAAGAAAAAAGUGGAGGCCGCAUUUACAAGGCAUCGCCAAAGGAUGGGUCGCUCAGCAUUCCUCACUGUGGUCAAGAGAAAGGGGGAUGGGGCUGCUAGCGUAACAGAAGAGGAAGGAGGGAAGCCAGAGGAGGGAAAGGCUGGAACCACAAGUCCCAACUUUAGAACUGGGAGGAGCCAAGCAGAUACACCCGAUGGUGCAGAGCAGGUUAGCUCAGGUUCUCGUUGGCUAAAGUCACCUGGGGGAGGAGAGGAAGGUGGGCCCAGCACUCCUCAGCCAACCGAGGUGGACCUCGCUGAGUACACUCGCUCUAUUGAGAAACUUAAUCACUCAUUGGCCUUCCUCCAGACUGAGAUGCAGCGAUUGGCUCAGCAACAGGAAGUGAUCAUGGCCAUGAGGGAACAGCAGCAUCAACAGGCAUGGGUUAUCCCCCAUCCACAUACAAACCCCUCUCCACAAAAACACGGCCGAGCCGGAGCUGUUACUCGAUCCUCAGGACCCUCAUCCCCUGCUGACUCCCCACGUUCAACCCACCGCUCUCCAACCAGCAUCAAACGCAAAUCUGCCUCUUUCCAUUCCCGUAAUCCCCGCACUCCUCGCCCCAGUGAGCUCAAACUGGCCCCCUACAAUCGAGUCCUCACUGCCCCACAAUCUGUUGAUAGCAUCCCCAGGCUACGCCGGUUUUCUCCUUGCCAACCCUUGGCAAGCUCCUUCGUUUACAUGGGAGAGAAACCAGAAACUGUCAACACAGAGACAGUUGCCCCACAUGAGGAUAAAAACAAGGAGACAGAUUCUCUCCUUUCCCCAGAAAGGGAGCUUGCAAAUGUCAGUGCUGCCAUCUCACUCCCCAGCUCCCCUGCCAAAGACUCCAGCCUGCAGAACAAAAGCCAACAAGCAGAUACAAAUACUGAAACCCAGGAAAUAGAAGUUCACGGCCAAUCUGAGAUCAGUAAGAUGGAGACAGGCGAUCAAAAAGUGAGAGAUGAGUCGGUUUCUGAUCUCAAACCUACCAAAGACUCCUCUGUCUCUGAGGUUCUGUCCCACCCUGUCAUAGAAACUUUCAUAGUAACACCCACAGAGAACCCUCCACAGCUGGGAGCCUCAGGCCAAACCAAGAGCAGCUUGAUAGAAGUACCCUUGUCAGUCUUGAAGCCACUGGAGGACCUGAAACUAGAGGAUGGUGGAGAGAUGCAGCAGAGCAGCAUGGAAGACAUGGAUGAUGACCAGAAGAUGUGUCGUGGCUUCUUCUUUAAGGAGGAGGGGAAGGGUGAGGACAACAUGGCGCAGAAGAGGGCGGCACUGCUGGAGAAGAGGCUGAGGAGGGAGAAGGAGAGCCAGCAGAGGAAGAUGCAGCUGGAGGCGGAGCUGGAGCAGAAGAAGGAGGAGGCCCGAGCGAAAGCGGAAGAGGAGCGCAUCAGGAAGGAGGAGGACAAGGCCAGAAGGGAGUUCAUCAAGCAGGAGUACCUGAGGAGGAAGCAGCUGAAGCUGAUGGAGGACAUGGACACCGUCAUCAAACCCCGGCCACCCAGCGCUGCCAAGCAGAGGCGGGGCCGGCCUAAGUCCAUCCACCGAGACAGCAUGGACUCACCCAAAACCCCCGUCAGGGCGGCCACAGGUUCACGCCAACGUUUCUUUUCAGUCUCCAGCUUGUCUCUGGCUUCCCUCAACCUGGGGGACAACGACAGCGUUCACUCCGACAAGAGAGCACCAAGGCCGGAUUCUGCCGAUGGUUUUCUGUCCCCGAGCCGAUCCAGCAGCAGGAACGGAGAGAAGGACUGGGAAAAUGGAUCCACAACGUCCUCCAUUACAUCCAACACAGAGUACACUGGGCCGAAGCUGUACAAGGAGCCCAGCGCCAAAUCUAACAAGCACAUCAUCCAGAACGCCCUGGCCCACUGCUGCCUGGCGGGCAAGGUCAACGAAGGCCAGAAGAACAAGAUACUGGAGGAAAUGGAGAAAUCCGAGGCCAACAACUUCCUGGUUUUGUUCCGAGAUGCGGGCUGCCAGUUCCGCUCGCUCUACACCUACUGCCCCGAGUCCGAGGAGAUCAACAAGCUGGCGGGGAUCGGUCCCAAGAGCAUCACGCGAAAGAUGAUUGACGGCCUCUACAAGUACAACUCAGACAAGAAGCAGUUCAGCCAGAUACCGGCCAAGACCAUGUCGGCGAACGUGGACGCAGUGACGAUCCACAGUCACCUCUGGCAAACCAAGAAGCCGGCCACGCCCAAAAAAGUGGCGCCCGCCCAGUCCUAAUGGAACUUAACACCCCUUAUCCAUUUCCAUUACCCGCUCAAAUGGAACGUACCCAUGUCAAUUUGCACUUCACUGUACAUAUCCAUGAAGAUUCAAACACCUGCAAUGCCAGUUAGAUGAAUGCAUAUUUGUUUUAGUAUUUUUUUUUCUCUUGAUUCAUUCCUGCCCUUAUUUUUCUUACUUACUCCGGACUGGAUAUUACAGGACUCAGUCAUCAAAGAUUAUGAACAACUGGAAUGUAUGCUACUGUUGAAAACGGUUGUAAAUGCUAUGUGUUUUUGGAGAUUGUCAAGAGUUUGAGUCAUUUUACGACAGCAUGUGUGUGUGUAUGUAUGUUGUUUUUAUUUCGUAUGUGCCAAAAGUCAAAAAAGAGACAGUAUGAAUGCCGGGAUGUUUUACUUGGUACACUGAAGCACUGAAUGUUUUUGAUUCAUCUUGUACAGAAUGAUUUUGUUUGUUUGUUUGUUUGUUUGUUUGCAUAAACCUGUUGACAUGUGUGGCCUUA